AUGGGUGAGAGAAAUAGCCAGAAAAGCCACAGCAAGAGACACGACAGGGAGACUCAGAAGGGAAAGACAGGAGUACAGAGAGAGGGAGGGAGGGACGCAUAAUGAGACAAGACGAAGAAACCCAUUCCAGCUGUUUUUCUAUAACAAAUAGAGCCGUGAGAACUUUAUAUUGAAGAACUUUCCACUGCACACCAAGGGAACAAACAUUUCCUUCUGACAUUCUUCUGGCAGUAAUAGUUGUUUAUUUUUGAUCAAACAAAACAUCUAGUUGUACAUGUUGAUGGGACAGAAAUAGAACCGAAGUUCAUUGGAUGAGAAGUGUUUUGGUCCUCUUGUUUUGUGCAUCAGAAAAGUCUCUCCGCAACUUGUCUUUUAAAGAGAAAAAUGAGCACAGACAACUCGACUCUGCUGGACAGCUUGCUCUUUCCCCCUCUGUGCAAUGGCUGGACCAACAACACAGAGGGAGCUAUCUACCAUUUGGGCAACACCAUGCUGUUCCUGGGCUAUAUGGGAGGCAGCGGGGCCUACGGGUGUCUCUUCAUCUUCGGCUUCCUGACUCCCGCCUUCGCGUUCAUGAGCCUAUGGGGUUGGCUUACAAUGUGCGGCCUGGAUGUCUUCACCUGGAAUCUUCUUCUGCUGCUGGCCUGCUUGUGUCAGAUCUGCCACCUGCUUUAUCGGCUGCACCAGGAGGGCAUACAAAGUGAAGAACUGACUGCCCUCUACCAGGCGGUGUACCUGCCGCUGGGCGUGUCCGUCCAGGUUUUCAAGGAGAUCGCCAGUGCCUUUGAGAACAAGGUGGUGGAGCUGAAGGCAGGAGAGACGUACGCUGUGGAGGGCAAGACGCCCAUCGACCGGCUCUCCUUUCUGCUGUCUGGGAGGAUCAGCGUGUCGUUGGAGGGCCAGUUCCUGCAUUACAUCCACCACCACCAGUUCCUCGACUCUCCAGAGUGGGAGUCUCUCAGACCAAACGAGGAGGGAACGUUCCAGGUGACCAUGACAGCAGAGGAGGACUCCCGCUACAUCUCAUGGCGUCGCCGCCGCCUCUACUUGGUGAUGUCAAAGGAGCGUUACGUUGCUCGUGUCUUCUCCGUCAUGCUGGGCUACGACAUCGCCGAGAAGCUCUACAACCUCAACAACAAGCUCUACAUCAAGAGCGGCAUGCUGUUGGACAUCCGCCUGCCCAGCCUCUACCACGUGCUGACCCCCUCCUCGCAGGGCAGCGAGGGGGGCAGUGGCAGCGACGGGGCAAUUAGCAAGGAGCAUCCGCAGGGUGAAGACCCGGCACCGGCCUACCAGAUGUCCGAUCCAGCCCAGUUUCAACCCCACCUGCAAGGACCAAGGCACCCCACCCAGGAUGAACACCAGGCCCCCCAGCACGGCCGCUAUCAGCACCCCUGGGCGUCAGACGGCGAGCUGCCCACUGGUGAGGACUCCACCAGCCUGGUCCUGGAGGACUUUGCUGAUGUGGCGGGCUCCUUGACCGAUUAUGGCAGUGAGAGGGAUUAUUUGAGGUAGAGGGGCAGGGUGCUGGAGCUAACACACUGGGUCACCACUUAAGCUACAUGAGGCGAUAGUGACGGGGAUCUACCGCCUCGAUUCCAGAGGGGCAGAGCGCCGCUGGCUCCCACCGACACUCCCAAACUGUGAGAAACCUGGAAACCGUACGUUAUCUACUGUUCAGCAGUAGGAUCGUGUCACAGAUCCAUUGUUAUGUCUCCUCCUCGCUCUGUGUCCCUGUUCUCACCUCACUUCACUCAUCUGUAGUCUAGAGCAUGAAGACUCUGUUCUCUCUAUUUAAAUUGCAGUUUUAAUGGUGAGGCAGCUAAUACUGAUGUCUUUCAACGAUCGCUACUGUUGGGGCUGAUAUUUAUCAUCGUAAUAACUUCUAUUAAUUUGAUGCCCACAAAUUCCAAGUGCUUUGGGUUUUCUCAAGUUUUCGUGUCAAGAUUUAAAGUCUCUGAAGCAGCAUUCAGGCCACCAAAUCCUAAAGACUUUAGUAAAACUUGUAUGUUUUAGCAUUUCAACGAACAUGGCCUUUACAAAAUCUUUAAUUCAACAACGGGCAAACCAAUAAAAUGCUUAAACAACA